AUGGAGAUUUUAAAACUCUGCUCGGAGAGUUUACAUCGUCGAAGAUUCGAGGACGUGUUGACGCUCACCAGCGGGUUGUUUAAGAAGAACAAAAAGAAGGAGAAAAAAGAGGAGGAGAAGGAGAAGAAAGCGUUUCAAGUGUGUAUACACGUCGCGCGAGCGCGAGCACACGCGUCGUUGCAACAGUUCGAGGAGUGUUUGAAAGAAUGUAACGAGAUCUUACAAAUGAAACCAAAUCUGGCCGUGGCGAAUUGGUUGAAAGCGAAAGCGCUGAUCGGGUUAGGCGGCGCGUACGAGGCGAGGAUUUAUUUGUACAAGUGUCGCAGAAGUUUAAGCAUUUCUUCGAAUACUACUAAAAGUGCGAAUGAAAAGCAGACGAGCAAGAGAAUGAAUGAAAACGACGAGCUCGAGGUGGAGAUUGAAGCCGUCGAGGAGACGUGCAAACACGCGUUGCCGGACGAUCCGGAGUUGCGCGUGGAGAAGCGCGGAGGAAAUAAGCGAGGGUCAAAGAAAAAUGUGACGCUCAAAGCGAAGAAGAAUGAGGAAGGAGACGAGGAUGACGAGGCCGAGGAAGACGAAGAAGGGGAGGAGAUUUACUUAAUCGAAAACGAGAAAACGGACGACGACAAAGAGGAAAAGACGAGCGCGGAUGUGACGAAGUCCUCGAUGACGUCGUGGGCGGACGAAGUCGAGCAGGAACAGACGGAAGAGGAACGACGCGGAGAGAUUCCGUUCAUCGCCUCUAUUCCGAUGGUAUCGUUCGUACACUUGGCGAUUGAAAACGACGACGCCAAAAAAGACUGCCUAGACUCGCUGAAGAAAUACGGGUCGGUGCGCGUGGCGAUGCCGGACGAGGCGUUUGACAUUUCCCUCGGCGAAACGUUAGCGAAAGUCAUCGAGUGUUUUGAGAGCGAAUAUUACGAGAGCGACGACGUUGAGUUCUUUGCGCCAGCUUGGGAACUGAAUGUUGACGAAGAAGAAAACGUCGUCGAAGAGAAGCAAGUUGUCGUGGUAGAAGAAGACAAAAAAGAAGAAGACUUGGCGGAGAAGAGCGAGGGAUAUCUGUCGUACGCGAAUAUUGCCAAGAAGAACGCGCGAUUGCGAAGCAACGGUUUCAACGCCACAGAAUCAAAAGCGAACGAAACUAGUAUGUUCCCUCCUUUGAGCUUAAAGAAUGACAAACUCGAGCGCGAGUGGAACGAACCUCCAGCAGAAGAAGAUCCUGAUCCUCGUCCCGCCCGCCGACGGGAAACGAAGUUUCCGAGUGAAAGUUUCGGCACCGCCGUGGCCGACGCGACGCAAAUUCUCGAAAUGGUCGCCAUGCGCGUCGUCAGAACCGUCCUUCGACAAUCGUUUCAAGAUAUUCACGAAGAAAAACGUCAAUUUCACUCGAUAUUCAAUAAUCUCGAGGGCCCUUCGGAGGAGUUUCUCGAAAGCCAGCGCAAGCGUAAUACAAACGCUCGCGAAAGCUUUAUUUUACGCGCGCAAUCCGGCACGCUCAUCACUCGAGACGACGACGACGAUUCAGACGAUUCAGACGAACGCAAUCCCUCGAGUACAUCUGAGAAAGAAUUCACCGAGCACCAAAAUCUCUUCCUCACCUGCGAUUGGCUUUACGACGCCUCCCUCGCCUCCGACGCGAAGAAGAGUAAGCGCCGGACCAAAGGCGAACGUCGAAAGGCGGCGGCGAAACCUUCGCAAAAGUACUUCACCUCAAACGUGGAAUUAGACGGACCGAUAAUCCAUUUCACCGUCGGUCCUGCGUUGCGAAAGAAAUACGCCUCCGUCUUUUCUCUUUCGGCAUCCGAUGAUGAGGAUCCGAAAGGGUAUAAAAAAACCGUUUCUGAUGGUAAAAGACUCGUCCGUUUCUCACUUCGCGACGAAUAA